AAAUUAGCAAGACUUUCAGCAAAAAUUAGUCUCCAAUGGUAACCAAGUUUGCGUCUUGGGUUUGCUUUUGAUGCUCUUCAGGUUAUUGCACAAUGGACAUCAUCAUGACCACUGACUUCUUCAUCUGGAACAACAAAGGAUGUGCAAAAGUGAAGGAGAGAUGAGAGAGAAAAGAGGGAAAAAGUACAAAUAGCCAGACUGGAUAAAACAACACUUUCUACUUCAAUUCUGGUGUAUUAGAGGGACUUAUUGUGCAUAUAGACAGAGCAACAGCAAGUGCACUUGAGGAUAAAACUGUGUGAAAAGAUCUAUCUGGAGUAGAGAGAGGGACUCUUUCACUCCUCUUGUGGAUCGGCCAUCCCACUCCAAAUGAUAUUGCAUCUUAUAUUGCAUUCUGGAUUCCCCACUACCACACACACACACUCUGGCUAGUGAACAGAAAGAGAGAUAGAGAGAGAGAGAGAGAGAGAGAUAGAGAGAGAUAGGGAAGUUAGAUAGUCCCAAACUACCACUCUUUCUGCUCACUUCCUGCCAUCCUUUUCAUUCUUAUUCAUUCAUUCCAAAACAUCUCUUCGUUCCGGUUGUUUUAUUGAGCCACUACUGCGUAAAAUGUGCUGUUAUUGUGUGUUAAUACGCGUUUAAGUGUUUUUAUUGACUAUACUUUAUACAGCUAUAGAAUCUCACCAGAUCUUCACACUGAAAGAGGAGCAGAAAAACAGACACUAAUCUGUGCCAUAGAUAAGACACCAUAUCCAUUGAAACUCCGAGUCUUCAUUGAAGUUGCUGUUGCUGCAUGAGAGUGCUGGCAUAUUCUCCCAUGUCAACCAUAGUCUAUGAGCACUUCUAGUCUGUCACUUGUGAUUGUCUGACCUCGUCAUCCAUCACACUCUCCACCCCAUAAACAUCGACACUACUUUUGUCAUCGCAUCAUCACCCUCCCUCAAUUUCAUUGUUUGUGCCCCCAAGUGAAGUCACUCUCACCCUUAUAACAGCGUCCAACUUCACUCAGUUACACUUAUUCGUAUAUAGUGGUAUAGUACCACUGGGGACUACAACGAUCAGCAUUCACAGUCAUCACACUUCAGAUAGGGCAAAAGAGAGAGAUCCAGAACCACAUCCCCAACAAGAGGCCGACCUCUGGAGCUGCAUGCAACACCUCUGCUCCCAACAAGACGACAUCUACUGCAGUUGGGAAAAAUGGGCGUCCUGUCCAGUCGGGAAGUGGCGUGGGAGGGAAUCCGAAGAAGACAACACCUGGCAGUAGGACACCAGUGGUAGCACCGGCAAGGGGAGGGGCCACAGCAAGGGCUGCAGUGGGGGGAUCAGACAGUAAGCAGAGGCAGAGUAGUGGGGGGAAGAGCACGACAGGGGGGCGGGACAAGAAAGGAGGAGUGCAGGGUAGCAUGAAGGGGGGAGGAGUAGCGGAGGCGAAAGUGGACAGGACAGUAAAUGAGGGGGACGAUAAGGAGAAGGCGAAAGGGACAGAAGAGAAGGAAGGGGACGGUAGUGUGGGGGAUCAGACGACAGAUAAUUCACAGGAGGCUGGUGGACAGAUUAAGUUAGAGGGGGAGGAGGAUGGAGAAGGGGAGGUGGAGGGGGAGGGGGAGGGGGGUGAAGUGUCAUUAGAGAACGCAGAAGGGGAGGCAGCAGAUAAACAGACACCGUCGGAGAAUUUAGUGGACAAGGAAGCCUCAAUAGACAAGCAGUCCCACUCACCACAGGGAGGGGAGGAAGUUGAGCCAGCAGUGGGGGAGGGAGAAGGUGGAGAGUGUGGGGAAAAGAAGACGGAUAUUCCUGAGGAAGCAGCAGUGGCAGCAGCAGCAGCAGAAGAGGAAGAAGAGAGUAAAGAUGCAAAGGCUGAAGUGGAAGUUGGAGGGGAAGGAGGAGUGUUGGAUGAUAAAGGACCAGAGGGAGAGAGAGGGGGAGAGGAAGCCACUGCUGAGUAG